AUGUCUACGCAAUACAACGCCAUCCAGGGACCGUACGAUGAGCUUCGCAAGAAGACAAUACCCAUCGUCGAGCGGGUGAACGUCCGCUCCCUCGUAACGCUAUUCAUUCAAGACGCAACGGUUCUGGAUCUAGCGUGCGGCACAGGCUUCUACUCCCGUCACUUCGUGAAGUGGGGCCCCUGCAAAGUCGUUGGCGUGGACAUAUCUUCCGCAAUGAUAGAGCAGGCAAGAGCCAUGAACGCCAGCGAUGAUGCAGAAUUCAUCGAAGCCAACUGCGACACGCCCACCAUAUUUCCCGGCGGUCCAUUUGAUGUGAUAUUCGGCGCAUGGUAUCUCAACUAUGCGGCCACUGGUUCGGCGAUGUUGGAGAUGUUUCGAAACGUACUGCUCAAUUUGAAGCCAGGAGGCCGUCUCGUUGCUGAUACGCAGCCACCGGCCAACGACCCUGUCGAGUAUAUCCGGCGAGAAUGUGAGCAACGUCCUUUGCCAAUAGCAUCUGGCGGGCUAUACACUACUAUCAACAAGGAAGUCGCUGAUGGAGUCUACGAUCAUUACCACUCGGCAACGCCGGCAGGAGACCUGGAUUUCGACACAUCAUUUGCGGAAGGAUGUCUGGGAGGCAGCUGCGCGAGGAGCAGGGUUUCACGAAGUUUCACGAACCGAUUCAAUGGGGCGUGA